AUGUUUUCGUCCUGGUGCAAGCGUCAUAACAUCCGCCUUCCCUGGGUUUUAGCGCCACUAGCUCGCUUCAACAGUCGAGUGCGUCACGCUAUACCUCCACUUGCAAAAGACAUUCCGCCAGAACAAAUCAAUGCAAGGCUCGAGACCAUUUACAAAAACGCCUCUCGAGAUGAUUCCAUCGAUCCCUCAUGCCAUCGCACAUUAACACCCUUUUGGACUUCCUAUAACACAUGGCUCACGAGAUGCAAAAAUCUUGAGGAUUCACAGAGUCAAAUAGAAUAUUGGCGUGCGCGAGGAGAGUUUUUAGAGCUAAACAAGAAUUUAACGGAAAAAUUCAGGCAUACACCUAUUCCGUGGAGCAUGUUUCACCCGCCAUUGCCCGACAGCGUUAAGUAUCUCCAAGCAAUGGCACAGGACUUGGUUACACUUACCCUGAAUCGCAUGGACAUUAAACUACAAUUAGUUUUAUUAAUGGCUCAAUUAACACUAAACGUAGUGUUCAUUACAAGACAAUUUGUAAACACUAUAAACUUCGUUCCUAGUCCGAUUGGAUUAAACAGCACAGAAAAAGACAUUACUAUACAAAUGCCCAAAACGCGCGAAGACUAUAUCCGAUCUGCCACAGGAAUAGGAGCAUUUGUCGAGUUUGCUUUCUUAUGCAUAUAUUUACUUGUCGGACUAGCACAGGUUGUCAUAUUUUUCAGUGCGCACAGUUUUCUAAACAAAGGAUUGGCGGUCGAAAAUUUAGUAAUCGCAAUACAAAAGACAGCAACGUUUUCUCUUUUCCUAUUUAUACAUCUUCUAAAUCCGGCAAGAUUUGUGACCGAAUUUCAUGACCCCCCAUUCUUGGAAACAUUCACAAACAUUGUUAAAUUUAACUUUCAUAAACCAGAGUGGCAGUCUCGGUUUCGUCGAGCAUAUAAAAUAGUUUAUACCCUGAUUUGUCGCCCUGUCUUGAUCACAUUGGGACUGUUAGCUUUCUAUGUCAAGCUGUUGCAGGUUUCCGUAGCUUUGUCAUUCUUUUCCCAGUUGCACCUUGGUGUGUCUGCCAUCAGUGCACUGUUUAAUAACCCAACAAGCGUUUUAACGUUUCUCGGGCUUGCGAAUAAUGUAGCCAGCUUAUAUGGCAUACCGCCGGAGGAUGAUCGAAAAAUGUUUUUCGACCAUGAAUUGGUGAAAGCAUUCUGGGACAAUGUGUAUGGAGGCAAGAUGGAUAUACACGAGAGCAAGAAAAUCAAGAAAGAGGAUGCAUGGGAAUGGUUGUACAGUGUCACACAAACGUGGCGAAGGAAUGUUAGGAAGUAG